UCCGAGACACACAGACAUAAAUACACACUCACUCUAGGCGUCUCUGCCUCAACAAUGGCGACGGUUUGCAGAAAAUCAAAGAUAUCGAAGAUGAGAUGGCAAAGACUCAAAAGCAAGAAGCUCGUACUGCCUUUCUUCACAAUGUCUUCCUACUUCCUUUCUUUUCUGGAUGAAUUUGCUUCCGAAAAUUUUCCAUGCAAGUAAAGCAAGAAGGAAAUUUGAGAAUGCAUUAUUUGUAGAAUGAGAAACCAGCGCCUAUUAACGUACCACGUAAUACGUUGUCACAAAAUUGCUAAGCAACAAGCUCUCAACUCCUCCACCUUAGCAUUUCCAUUUGCACAUAAACAAUCUCUUCCACCCUGUCAGCUCCGAACCAAGAGCCGCGAAUUCGCCAACCUCUUGCAAAUACCCAUAUCAGACAACCCCAUAUUGUAUUAUAAGAGGAUUCAUGGCCAAAUUGUUGUGUGGGGUUUUCGAAACGAUGUGUUUCUUGCCAAUACUCUCUUGAAGUUGUACUCGGAAAAUGGCUGUCUACUUGACGCACGGAUGUUGUUUGAUAAAAUGUCUGAAAGAAACUUAAUUACUUGGUCUUCAACAGUAUCUAUGUAUAGCAAACACGGUUAUAAUAAAGAAGCCUUAUCGGUGUUCUCAGAAUUUAUGAGAAGUUGUGAUGAGAAUCCAAAUGAGUAUAUUUUAGCUAGUGUUAUUCGCGCUUGUACGCAAUUGGGUGGAGUUGAUCAAGGUGCCCAGAUGCAUGGUUUUGUUGUUAAGACUUGUUUUUAUCAAGAUGUAUAUGUGGGUACCUCACUGAUUGAUUUUUAUGCAAAGAAUGGUGAGAUGGAUGAAGCAAGAUUGCUUUUUGAUAGUUUGGUAGAGAAAACUGCAGUUACUUGGACUACAGUCAUAACGGGGUACACAAAAAGUGGAAGAAGUGAAGUUUCUUUGCAGUUGUUUAACCAAAUGAGAGAAAUUGAUGUUACUCCUGAUAAAUACGUGCUCUCUAGUGUUUUGAGUGCUUGUUCAAUGCUUGAGUUUCUUGAAGGAGGAAAGCAAGUUCAUGCUUAUGUGUUGAGGAGGGGAACGGAGAUGGAUAUUUCAGUGAGUAAUGUGCUUCUGGAUUUCUAUGCAAAAUGUGGUAAAGUGCAUGUGGCACGAAAACUAUUUGAUCUGGUGGUCGUCAAGAAUAUUAUAUCGUGGACCACAAUGAUUGCAGGGUACAUGCAAAAUUCAUUUAAUUUUGAAGCCAUCAAACUGUUUGCUGAAAUGGCUAGACUGGGCUGGAAACCUGAUGGAUUUGCUUGCACUAGUGUUCUUACGUCCUGUGGUUCACUUGAGGCUCAGGAACAUGGGAGACAAGUGCAUGCUUACACUAUCAAGGCAAACCUUGAGUAUGAUGAUUUUGUGAAAAAUGGUCUGAUUGAUAUGUAUGCAAAAUGUGGUUCGUUGAAUGAUGCUAGAAGAGUUUUUGAUGUUAUGGCUGAUCAUAAUGUGGUCUCUUUCAAUGCUAUGAUUGAAGGGUACUCAAGAGAAGAGAAGCUGAAUGAGGCAGUGGACCUUUUCCGGGAAAUGAGACUUAGAUUAUUCCCACCAAGCCUCUUGACAUUUGUUAGCCUUCUUGGUGCAUCAGCUGCAUCAUUCACCUUAGAAUUGAGUAAGCAAAUUCACUGCCUGAUAAUCAAGUUUGGGGUUUCCCUGGAUGUAUUUGCUGGCAGUGCUCUAAUAGAUGUUUAUUCCAAGUGUUCUUGUAUAAGGGAUGCAAGGCUUGUAUUUGAGGAGAUAAAUAAAAAAGAUAUUGUAGUAUGGAAUGCAAUGUUUUUUGGAUAUACUCAACAGUUGGAAAAUGAAGAGGCUCUCAAACUUUAUGUAGAAUUACAGUUGUCAAGACAAAGACCUAAUGAAUUCACUUUUGCUGCCUUGAUCACUGCAUCCAGUAACCUAGCAAGCCUCCAACAUGGUCAACAGUUCCAUAACCAGGUAAUAAAGAUGGGAGUAGACUGUGACCCUUUUGUCAUUAAUUCCCUUGUGGAUAUGUAUGCUAAGUGUGGAAGCAUGGAAGAGGCCCACAAAGCGUUUACUUCCACAUUUUCGAGAGAUGUUGUUUGUUGGAAUUCCAUGAUCUCAACGUAUGCACAGCAUGGGGAGGCAGAUGAAGCCCUUCAGAUGUUUGAAUUGAUGAUAAAGGAGGGAAUAAAACCAAACUAUGUCACAUUUGUGGCUGUGCUAUCUGCGUGUAGCCAUGCAGGACGUGUAGAAAAUGGACUUCAUCACUUCGAAUCAAUGGUGCAUUUUGGAAUCGAACCAGGAACGGAUCAUUAUGCUUGCAUAGUUUCUCUUUUGGGCCGAGCAGGUAAACUCUCUGAAGCAAGUGAAUUUAUUGAGAAAAUGCCAAUAAAACCAGCAGCAGUAGUAUGGAGGAGCUUGCUCAGUGCAUGUAGAGUUGCUGGUAAUGUUGAACUGGGGAGAUAUGCUGCAGAGAUGGCAAUUUCAAUUGAUCCAAUAGAUAGUGGAUCGUAUAUUUUACUUUCCAAUAUUUUUGCAUCUAAAGGUAUGUGGAUAGAUGUCAAAAGGCUGAGGGAAAGAAUGGAAUUUAAUGGGGUGCUAAAAGAGCCUGGAAGCAGUUGGAUCGAAUUGAAUAAAGAUGUUCAUGCGUUCAUUGCAAGAGACAGAGUGCAUGCUGAGGCUGAUCUUAUUUACUCAGUUUUGGACAACUUAAUUCUGCAGAUUAAAGGGGUUGGUUAUGUGCCUGACACUACUGCACUUCUCAUGAAUGAUUGAGGAGAAGCAUGGUGGUAGUAAUACCACAUAAACCUGGGCUUUUAUCCCCUGACCUAUUUCAAGAUGAAUUUCUCCAUCAUCCAGCUUGUCUGAGUGAUCUUGAGCUUCAAGGGAUCUGCACCUGGAAGUUAUAUUUAUUUUGGACUCUUUAUUGACUAUCCUAGUGGAAACCUGGAUGUUUAAGCUGUUGGAUGUGAACAUGCAGUCACUUCCUUAUCGCUUUGAUUGCAAAGCAGGUACUUGUCUCAGCUGAGGGCGGGGGAGGGGGUGUUUCUCUCCUUUUAUUUGUUCGGAUUGAUAAAUUCAUUGCCCAAUAGUUCUUAUCUCGAAGGCAAAGGCAGAAAAUUUGCAAGUAUGCACAGCUGAAGGGAAUCAGAAUAUCCGGUGACAUGGCUCUAUGUAGGUCACCACGGUGCAGAUGUUUCGGAAUGGUUUCCUCUUCCAGUUGGCUGUGCUUCCCCUGAUGCUUUCAGUGAAACUGGCCAGCUGUGGGGCUGGUUCGUACUACAGUAGAGACUGCCAAGGCAAAAAGUUAUUGACAUACUAGUUGUGCUUGAACUUAUUUUUCAAAGACUUCCCUUUACAUAUAUUGAAGACCACCAAUUUAGUUUGUCCAAGGAAUAAAGUUCCUAAUUUCAUGGCAUUAUCUCAACCUGCUGCACUUGAUAAUUCCUCUCUCUCUCUCUCUCUCUAUAUAUAUAUAUAUAUUGCAUAAACUCUUUUUGAAUUGGGCUAUGAUGUGUGUGAUUUUAACUACCUAGCUUAUGUUCUUUCCAGAGUUGGUUGCUGAGCACAAGGAAAUAUACUGUGUAUUGUAACUGAAACAUUGGAUACUUCCUUAGUUCGUGUAUGGUAGAAUGGCCGCAUGCUCAUUUAGGUCUCCCAGCAUAUUGUUAGUAUCACAUGCAAGAUUGCCUGUCUUUAGUACAAGCCAACCAAUGCUACAAGAGGAUGAUAUGAUAUUCUUACAAGGAGCUGAUGUUGAUGUAAUACCAGCAGUUCUAAAAUUUUCGACUUGUCAAGAAAAUUGUACGGUCAAAUUUCUAAAUUUUUCAAUUUGAAUGGUUUAUUUCCGAA